AUGUCAUAUCGUGGUAGACUUCCUCCCUUCAACCUUAUGAGUAAUCGCCCCGGUAUUGGUGCAGAUUUUUUUGAUGAUGUACUUGACCCUGCUGUAUAUUUGUCUGAUGGUGUUGAUAAUCAUAAGAUUAAAGUCCCUCGCAUAGUGUCCAAUAAACUUGCCUUGACCGAUCCUGAUUUGUACGAUAUAAUUAAAAAUCAUAAACGUACUCUUGCUAAAGGUCAUUCAGAUUUGCUUAAAGCUCAACUUGGUAAAGACUAUUUUGACUAUCUGCAGACCCUCGAAGAUUUACAUAAGCAGCGUACUGAUAUGAUACAUAGAGAUUUAGGAGGUGCUGUCCCUAUCAUUACCGGUCCUUGGCAUGGUGAGCACGGUACUUACGUUGGUGAACAGUGGUCUGAUCCUACUAAGAGUUUCCCUCUUAUGAUGACAUCUGAUCCUGAUUUACGUACUACUCGCAAUGUUUGGUUUUCUCAUUCUGAGACUGCUUCCAAUACUCCUCUUAGUGUUGGCAUACCUUAUCAAGCUUCUUCGAGUUCUGAACCUGUUAUGAAUAACCAUUCUUAUCCUGCGAAUCUUUGGUUUAUGAAUCCUGUCCCUCAUGGUUCCGAUGCUCCGACUGAGUAUACCAUGGGUAUUGACAUUAAUGCUCUGAGACUCGCAGUUGUUACCCAGCAAUAUUAUGAGGCACUCGCUAGAUCCGGAUCUCGAUACGAAGAACAGAUACUUACUCUCUUUGGUGUUAGUAACCCUGAUUCCCGUAUCCAGCACCCUGAAUAUUUAGGUGGCAAUAGAGUUGCUAUCAAUGUUAGAGAGAUUACUAAUACAGCUCAGGGUGAACAGGAUUUUCUCGGCGACGUAGGCGCCCAGUCUGUCACUGCCGACUCUCACGGCGAUUUUAGCAGAUCUUUUACCGAGCACGGACAUUUAAUCGGACUGGCAUGCGCUCGAUACGAUCAUCUCUAUGCCGAUGGCCUCGAUCGUAAAUGGUCUAGAGUCAAUAAGUUUGAUUAUUAUAAUCCCAUCUUUUCCGGCAUUGGUGAGCAGCCUAUCUAUACACGUGAAUUGUAUUCUGCUAAUGGUGUACCUUAUAAUCAGGUUUUUGGAUACAAUGAAGCUUGGGUGCACUACCGCACUAACCAUAAUGUUGUGUCCGGAUCUCUCAGGCCGAAGGCCUCCAGCAAUCUCGGUCAUUGGACUUUGGCUGAUAAUUACUCUUCUGCUCCCACUCUUUCAAGUGACUGGCUUAAGGAAGAUGCUACGAACGUUGACCGUGCUCUCGCCGUGACCUCUACACUUGAAAAUCAGAUCUUCGCCGACUUCUAUUUUGAUAUCAAACAUACUCGAGUGAUGCCUGUACACUCGAUUCCCGGUCAGCUUAACCGUUUCUAA